AUGAGUGAAAGACACCAGGCAAAUGUGACCAAUCAAAUGAGAGAAAGACACCAGGCAAAUGUGACCAAUCAAAUGAGUGAAAGACACCAGGCAAAUGUGACCAAUCAAAUGAGUGAAAGACACCAGGCAAAUGUGACCAGUCAAAUGAGUGAAAGACACCAGGCAAAUGUGACCAAUCAAAUGAGUGAGAGACACCAGGCAAAUGUGACCAAUCAAAUGAUUGAAAGACACCAGGCAUAUGUGACCAAUCAGAUGAGUGAGAGACACCAGGCAAAUGUGACCAAUCAAAUGAGUGAAAGACACCGGGCAAAUGUGACAAAUCAGAGGAGUGAGAGACACCAGGCGGCCUCACACACUCAGAUGAAUAAGCAUCUGGCAACAAAUGUUGAAUCGCAAAGAUAUGUCCCAAGCUUUGCUCCAAAAGGCUGGGACCCAACUACCAAGUCAUCAAAGUCCUUACAAGGACCUGCAUCAAUGGAAUCUGUAAUUAAUGUUACGUCUAGACCUGCCAUAUUCACUGCGCCCAUUUCAAAGUCAGUCAUGAUCACAGGCCCUGAUGUUAAACCAACAAAUAACAAAAGACCAGGGUCUGGUUCUAUAUUGGCUGAGAAUCCGGAGAAACGGGCAUGUAAUUGGUCAAUGAUUGCUGAACAAUACUCGACAGAAAGUCGUCACUCUGUAAAUCAGGAGCAAAGACGUGACGCAUUGUACAGACGCUACAACAAAGACGAGCGUCAACAGACGCAUGCCACAAAGCGUCACCAAAAUUAUGAUGCAAUGUAUCAGGAGCAUACUGAUGUACCGAGUCGCAACCAGACAUUUGAUCAGAUUCUGGCUGAGCAGAUAGCUAGACAAGCUGAACUCAAAAGCAAGAAUCACAACCAAGCUCCUCAGACUGGCACCAGCGUAAACGAGAAAAGACAAACGUGCCAACCUCUGACAAAAUCUUUACCCACUGUCAACAUGGACGACCUGUUUGGUGGAUUGUCACCUUACAGCUGCUGGAAUCAGUCGGCACCGGAAGACCCCAGGUUUUCAUAAUUUCCGGUUUUGUGUGCUUAAUUAAGCUUUGGCAAAGAUAUUUGCGGCAU